AUGUCUCUUCCUUAUCUCAAGUCACUGAAAAAGCCUGAGUUGGCCGAGUUUGCGGAUCAGACCGAUUUGCCACACUACGAUGACUAUAACAAGAAUGAUCUUGUCGUAGUUUUGGACAGACAUCUCCGCGAAAACCGCUCUAUCUUCUCCGGACUCAAGAGCCUCUCUGAAUACUACUCUCGUCUGGACUCUCCACCCCGCAGAGGAUCGCCCGUGAAGCGCGAAACCGCGCGAACUCCCGCGCGGACUCCAGCACGUCGCUCUACGAAGAAGGAAGUGAAGGAAGAGGAAGCUAACGAGGAUGAGGAGGAACCCGCGCACAGCCCGGCUGUAGUCAGCCCGACACCAGCCGCGGCGCGCACGAGCGUGCGUCAAUCUGCGCGCCAGACACCCCGCCAGACACCCGGCCAAGCAGUUCUCGCAACCCUCGUAGACGCAGAGCCAUCACUGCCCACAUCUCCAGCUGCCAUCACCGAAGCUAUCGAUGCGCAGACGCUCAAGCUGCGCGAGACCAUCGAAGAUGCAUGGACUGCGUCAGGCCUGGUCGAUCGGGCGCAUUCUCUGCGCGCAUCGCUGAGCAGCGUGAAGGCAGUUGAGAUCAUCGUGCUGCUUCUUGAGAGUGGCAGUCUUGCGAAAGAGUUGAUCCCGAUACGCUAUCUUACUACUACACCUGCAGUGGAAGCGGCGCAUAUCCCCGCGAUUCCCAUCCGUGUUCCUGAUCUGUUUGUGUUGCUGGAAGGAACGUUCUGGGCGCCGUUUUCGCUUUGGUUCCUUACUUGUCUGUUCUUGCCUUUGGUUUCGGCCUACUUUAUCAACCUGAGCUGGAAGGCUUCUAGCAGUGCGCGUCGCACCCGGUCUGAGUCUAAUCUCGCCCAGUUUGAUCCGUUGACUUUCAAUAUCGUCAAGGCCUUACUGGUGCACGUUGUCUUUGGCAAUGGUUUCAACUUCUUUGGUCUCUAUAGCCGCUAUGCUAUUUUGAAGGUUGUUGACUCUGUUCCUGGUGGAGAUAUCGGUAUCUUGACUGGAUCUGCUAUCGGUGGUGUUAGUUCUCUGUACGAGGCUAUUCUGCACCGCUCGUAA